AUGCUACCAACACCAGACACUUCGCACGUCCCAUAUGAGCGAGUCUACGAACCUGCCGAGGACUCAUACCUCCUCUUGGACACGCUCUCAUCUGCUGCAGAGACCGAGUAUCUCCAAAAAGCGUUUCCCGACAUAGCGCCUCUCGUGGUGGAGGUCGGCACAGGCUCGGGCGUCGUCCUCGCCUUUGUCCACGCACAUGCGCAAAAGCUUUUUGGCACACGUGAGGUCCUGACUGCGGGAGUUGACAUGAACGCCUUUGCAUGUCGGGCUACAGUCGGGACAGUUGCAAAGGCAGCCUGUGACAACCCCGACUCACAUGCAUUUUAUCUGGGCUCAUGUAUGGGAGAUCUCACAACUCCAUGGCGCGAGGGCACCAUCGACGUCCUCAUCUUCAACCCGCCAUAUGUGCCCACGCCUGAGAUGCCCGCCAGACCAGACUCGUUUACCGCAGACGACCUCGCAGUCAGCACCAAGCCUUCGUUUGACGACGAUUCGUAUCUGCUGGCCCUAUCUUAUGCAGGCGGCUUAGAUGGUAUGGAGACAACAGAUAGACUGAUCGAGGCACUACCCCAAACCCUGUCCCGACGCGGCUGUGCCUACCUCCUCCUCUGCGCUCAGAACAAGCCAGAUCGAGUCAAGAGUCGCAUUGAGGGAUUUGGGCCUGAAUGGCGGGCUCAAACUGUUGGGAACAGCGGCAAACAGGCCGGAUGGGAGAAGCUGCAGAUCGUACGGAUAUGGCGAGACUAUUCAAAAGUCGUAGAAUAA